AAUACAGUAAUAUUACUAUAAUUUUCUAAUCAAAUACUUUUUUAUACCAGUAUUUAAUAAUGAUCAGCUUCACUGAAUAUGCUUGUGCUCUUUUUAACCAAAUUGCUCAUUCAGGGCAGUAGCUAAUAUGGACAUUAAGCUUGACUCUGUUCCACCCUGGUUGAUCAAUUUUAUAUCAAGGCAGCUGAUUGGCAGUGGGCAUAAGCUGUAUCAAAAGGCAGUCAGUACUGUGGCCACUUGUGAUGAGGACUACAAGAAAGCUUUACGAGCACCACUGUAUGCAAGAAUACGUGAGUACCAGUGUCCUGCUGACAAGGUGAAGGUGGCUCCCAUUGAGAAAAAUACUAAUGAAGUGCACCCUGAGAAUCAUACUGUACAUAAUCCUCUGGCGAUUACUAAUCUCGCACCAAGCAGUGGGAUUGUUGAAGAGGAGAGUGAACAGAACACAUCCCUCACGACCAUCUUUUCUAACCAGCCAGCUGAGCACGAGCAUCAAGUUGAAGAUAAACCUUUUAUUAGUCCUGAGGUAGAGCAGGCUUUGGGCAUACUAGACAAUGCUAUCGCGAUUCUCCAAAGCAACAAAACUGGAAACAUUGGCGCGCUCCAAAAGUUCCUUGGUUAUGCUGCAUCUUCAGAAGGCAGUGCCGCUGGUUUGAGAAUUUCUGAAACUGACAAUCUCCCAAACGGGUAUCUUGUUACCACGCCACCUCAAGAUUCAAGAGAGACCCGGCAUGCUUAUUCCUUGCCCAAGGAGGAAGAUGCUUUCGACAAUGAUUCUCCUAAAAACACAACCGCCUCCGCCGUAGCAAACACGAAAUCCAUGACACUGAGGAGCACAAUAAAGGUGCAUGAAGAAGAGAGCCUAAAUACCAAUCGCCUCCGUCAGAACGGUUUCCACAUUGAGAAAGGGCCUAAGAGAGGAAGGAAGGCCAAGAGGUGGCUUUGCUGCUUAACCCCUAGCACCAUAUGAUGAUGAGAGACCAUCUUAGGGAGCUCUCGUAGUUAACCCUGAUUUUUGGAUACACAUCAGAAAAAGGACGAGCUAUACAAAAAUAGUGGUUCGUCGAAAAAAUGUGGAUCAAAUGGCAAGUCCAGAGGCAGCUUGGAAUAGU